GCUUUUCAAAGUGCUGAGAGGUUGAUGGGAAUGUUUGAUUAGCUGCUCUGAGAAGAAGAGAAAAGGUGCUUGGACCUCUUGUUUCCUCUCUAGAAUAAUUUGGAUGGGAUUUGUGAUGCGGAAAAGCUUAAGGAAAAAAGGAUAUCCAUUCUGUGUGGUGGGAAAUUUUUGAAAAAAAUUGCUUUCUUCAAACAAGGGUGCCGUUUCCAUAUUUAUGGGGAUUGUUGUCCUCACUAUGAAGGCAUCUGUUAUUGAAAUGUUCCUUGUUUUGCUGGUGACUGGAAUACAUUCAAAUAAAGAAAUGACAAAGAAGAUUAAAAGGCCUAAGUUCACUGUGCCUCAGAUCAACUGUGAUGUCAAAGCUGGGAAGAUAAUCAAUCCUGAGUUCGUUGUGAAAUGUCCAGCAGGAUGCCAAGACCCCAGAUACCACGUCUAUGGCACGGACGUCUAUGCAUCCUACUCCAGCGUGUGUGGCGCUGCGAUUCACAGUGGCGUGCUCGAUAACUCAGGAGGGAAAAUACUUGUUCGGAAACUUGCUGGACAGUCUGGCUAUAAAGGGAGUUAUUCCAAUGGUGUCCAAUCGUUAUCCCUACCGCGAUGGAGAGAGUCCUUCAUUGUUACAGAAGGUAAACCCCAAAAGGGUGUAACCUACCCAUCGGCUCUUACAUAUUCAUCAUCUAAAAUCGCAGCUGCCAAAGCAGGUGAGGCCACAAAAGCCUAUGAGAUGCCAUCAGUUCCAGGGACAACCGCACAGCCAGUCCCCCUGAUUCAGGUACUGGGGACCAGCACAGCCGAAGCCACCUACACCGCCUUGUCAAAGCCAUCCCCAUCUACAGGCUCUCCUGCCAGCAGCCCCAGACCGCAGCCCGUGGGCCACAGGAGCCGGGAGCUGGAUCUCUGGUCCACCACCAUCUACGCAAGCAGCCAAAACAGCCCCGGCGCCAAUCCAGGAUUUGUUCCAAAAGAAGAAUUAAGCACACAGUCUUCAGAGCCAGUAUCCGAGGGAGAUCCAAACUGCAAAAUUGACCUGUCGUUUUUGAUCGAUGGGAGCGCGAGCAUUGGCAAACGUCGAUUCCGUAUCCAGAAGCAGUUCCUGGCUGACGUCACCCAAGCGCUUCACAUCGGCCCCGCCGGUCCGCUGAUGGGUGUCGUUCAGUAUGGAGACAACCCUGCUACCCACUUUAAUCUCAAGACGCACAUGAAUUCCCGGGAUCUGAAGGCUGCCAUAGAGAAAAUUACCCAGAGAGGAGGGCUUUCUAAUGCAGGCCGGGCCAUCUCCUUUGUGACGAAGAAUUUCUUUUCCAAAGUCAAUGGAAACAGAGGCGGCGCUCCCAACGUGGCCGUGGUAAUAGUGGACGGCUGGCCCACGGACAAGGUGGAGGAGGCUUCAAGGCUUGCGAGAGAGUCAGGAAUCAACAUUUUCUUCAUCACCAUUGAAGGUGCCGUCGAAAAUGAGAAGCAGUACGUGGUGGAGCCCAACUUUGCAAACAAGGCGGUGUGCAGAACAAACGGCUUCUACUCGCUCAACGUGCAGAGCUGGUUCAGCCUCCACAAGACCGUGCAGCCCCUGGUGAAGCGGGUCUGUGACACCGAGCGACUGGCCUGCAGCAAGACCUGCUUCAACUCGGCCGACAUCGGCUUUGUCAUCGACGGCUCCAGCAGCGUGGGGACGGGCAACUUCCGCACGGUUCUCCAGUUUGUGGCCAACCUCAGCAAAGAGUUUGAGAUUUCGGAAACGGACACUCGAAUCGGGGCCGUGCAGUACACCUACGAGCAGCGGCUGGAGUUCGGGUUUGACGACUACAGCACCAAGCCAGACAUUCUCAACGCCAUCAAGAGGGUGGGGUACUGGAGCGGUGGGACCAGCACGGGGGCUGCCAUCAGCUACGCCCUGGAACAGCUCUUCAAGAAGUCCAAGCCCAACAAGAGGAAGUUAAUGAUCCUCAUCACUGAUGGGAGGUCUUACGAUGACGUCCGAAUACCGGCCAUGGUUGCCCAUCACCAGGGAGUGAUCACCUAUGCAAUCGGCGUAGCAUGGGCUGCACAGGACGAGCUGGAAGUCAUCGCCACUCACCCCGCCAAGGACCACUCCUUCUUUGUGGACGAGUUUGAGAACCUCUACAAAUCUGUCCCCAAGGUCAUCCAGAACAUUUGUACAGAGUUCAACUCACAGCCUCGGAACUGAAUUCAGAGCAGGCAAGGCACCAGCACGUGCUACUUUCUGACUGGCUCUGGGACAACCCCCAACGCUUUAUGGGGCAUGCGGGGCAGCAAGGCACAGAGGGCUUGGACAACAGAUGCGUGGUUGUCAUUCUUUGCCAGCAUGGUUUUUCGUACUUCAAAACUUGGAGUUAGAAAGAGGAUCACAAAUUCAUAGACUGAGGCAAAAUGAUACGUCGUUUUGAGGGUGCUGAUGAUUUUACAUUUUGACAAUUGUUUUCAAAAUAAAUGCUCAGAAUAGAGUGCAGCUCUUAAGACAGGCUUAACUAGAGCUUCUGUGAGGUUUUUUUAACUUGAUUUCUCAUUAGAAUUCUGUGACUCUCAACAAGCUUCAUUUUUGUUGUGACAACAUAGGAGUUGCUUAAUUAAAUGUUUGAAAGGAUUACAUGCCAUCAUUCUGACUGUGUCGUGGGUACUGUUCACAGGGUUUGUGACAGGACCACCCUCCGCUCUUCUUGUUCCCCAGAGCACCUGCUGUGCACUCACUCCUGCCCCAAGGUGACAACACACCCACAGAGAUGCAGAGAAAAUGUGGCUCCUAGUUUACCUCCUCUUCUCUAUUAUCUGCAUCACCGAGUACCUGCCGCCUACAGCUUUAGGAGCAGUUGGGGAAUGGUCCUGGAGAAUCAAGUUGAUUUGGCUUAAAAUCAGUGCAUUACGCUCGUGUAGAUGCUUUUAGCCCGAGCUGCACAUUAGAAUCUCUUGGGAGGCUAAAAUGCUGGUUCUCAGGCCCCGUCCCAAUACCAAUCAAAUCUGAGUCUCUGGGAAUGGAGCCUGAACGUUGGCAUGUUUGAAGAGCUCUCUGGCAUUAUUGCUAUGCUGCCAGGAUUGACAACCACUGAGCUACCUCUGAGGGGUCAGUGUCAUAGCCGUUUCCUGGGAGAGUCCUGUUUAUACCUGUUGUCCUGGGUCCCAUCAAGUUUAGCAUUUGUUCUGGAUUUUUUAUUUAAUUAGAUAUUAUUAAUAGUUGCAUUAAGACAAGUUGGGAUGGAGUAUGGUUGAACCCAGCUUUUUACUUCCAGCUUCUACCAAGGACUCAUCUAUUAAGAGGUGAAAUACAUGUGCAAUGGGAGAAUGUUCAAGGGGGUCAUAAAUAAAGAUGACUUACAUGUCGACAGCUAUGUGUUGUAAAAAUAUGUGUUGAAGAAUGCUACUCUGAAUGGAGGCAAAGAGAUAGUAUCUGUGUCAAUA